UUACUUGAACAGGAUCUGUUCUAUAGGCUCGUACCUCUGUUUCCUUGAUUUCUAAGGAGACAGGCCCUUAACCCUGGUUGAUGAACCAUGACCGUGCGAUCAGAGCGUGAUUAACGGCUACGAUCGUCUUCGGACGCAUCCGAUGCUGUAGAGGAUCGUUACUCGGCUCGGUCUUCCUUGCCGGGGUGGUCGCACGGCGGUCUGACAGUUGCAGAGAAAAAGAUAAGGUUGAAGAGUGAAAAAAGCAAACAGUAGUAAUGGCUUCUUCUGCAAUGCACGAAGCUCUUUUCUCUUCUCGGCUUCUUCAAGCCAAUUCAUUUUCAUCUUCUUCUUCUUCGUCAUUCUGUUGCGCUCUUCCAAUUAUCUCUUCCCCAGCUGCAGUAUCGUGCGCAAUCAAAUCGACCCAAUUAUUUAAACAGCGUUGUAGAACCAAAUUGAGGGACUUUUCUCUUUCUUCACUGUCUCGGAGAGGGUUUGUCUGCAGAGCUGCUGAGUACAAGUUUCCGGAUCCCAUACCUGAAUUCGCCGAAGCUGAGACUGAAAAGUUUAGGGACCAUAUGUCAAAGAAACUAUCCAAGAGGGAUCUUUUUGAAGACUCUGUUGACGAAAUUGUCGGAAUCUGCACUGAGAUCUUCGGGACGUUCUUGCGCAGUGAGUAUGGAGGACCUGGUACACUCUUGGUCAUACCCUUCAUUGACAUGGCAGAUACUCUCAAAGAAAGGGAAUUGCCUGGAGGUCCACAGGCCGCACGAGCAGCUAUUAAAUGGGCUCAGGAUCAUGUAGACAAGGACUGGAAGGAAUGGACUGGCACUGAUUAGUCCUUGAAGCAUAAUUAUAAUCCGUGAGUUAUUUAGUUCAGUAGUGGUGUAGCAGAUGAUACAAGUGUCAUUGUCAAACUCUGAAUUUUGCAGAUUUUGGUAUUUUAGAAGCUCUGUUCUUAUAAUCCUUUGUCACAUCAACUGUUUUACUCGGUGAUUCAUGUAUGGUUGAAUAGAAUCUUCCAAUGUAUCAGUAGAAGAACCGGAAGUAGUAUGUCAUA